UAUCAUUUUUCUAAGGAUCUUGCGAGUGCUUUCGAGACAUUUUUAAGCAUUCCAUAUAAUAUAUAAAUUAUUUAUUUAUAAAAUGAAACAUUUCAAUUUUCAAAAAUAUACUUCACAGAUUUUUAUAAGACUUUCAGAAAAACUUACUACUAUUAUUUAAGUUGCUUAACGAGCUCUCAAUGACUUCUCACACAACACUUCUUCUCUUAUCAAAACUACAAUGAACAGAAUCUAGCUACCACUAAACAUCACCAAUGGACUCAGGCAACUCUUCUUCAGAAGAGUCUUCUCUAAAUGGCUUAAAAUUUGGCCAAAGAAUCUAUUUUGAAGACACGGCUCUUGCAAAUGCUUCUUCUUCUUCUUCUGGUUCAACAAGUUCAAAGAAAGUAAGAAGUGUGUCAGUUCAACAUUCUCAACCUCCUAUGUGUCAAGUUCAAGGAUGUAAGCUAGAUCUGACUGAUGCUAAAGCUUAUUAUUCUAGACAUAAAGUUUGUUCCAUGCAUUCUAAAUCUCCUACUGUCACUGUUUCUGGUCUUCAACAAAGGUUUUGUCAACAGUGUAGCAGAUUUCAUCAGCUUGCUGAAUUUGAUCAAGGAAAAAGAAGUUGCCGCAGACGACUAGCUGGUCAUAACGAGCGUCGUAGAAAGCCUCCACCCAACUCUCUCUUAACCUCACGUUUUGCCAGACUUUCUUCAUCUGUUUUUGAUAACAGCGGCAGAGGUGGCAGCUUCCUGAUGGAAUUUGAUUCACACCAAAAACUUAGUCUGAAAAAUGCACUUCCAUCACAUGGAAAUCAAACCACAACACUCGGUUGGCCUUGGCCGGAUAACUCGGAGUCGCCAUCUGACAACCUUUUCUUGCAAGGUUCAGUGGGCGGGACAAGCUUUGCUGGUGUGAGGCAUCCUCCCGAGGAAAAUUACACUGGAGUCACAGAUUCAAGCUGUGCUCUCUCUCUUCUGUCAAAUCAAACAUGGGGUUCCUCAGCAACAAGUCACGAAUUGAAUAACAUGCUGAGUUUCAAUAAUGGGACACCUAUGACACAACUUGCUACAUCAUCUCCUGGUUUAGCCAUGCAUCAACUUCCGAACAGUUCAUGCUGUUUCAAGGACAUUGAUCAUGGUAACCUUUCACAUGAGGCUGUCCCUGAUCUUGUUUCAGGUCAUAUUUCGCAGCCUCUCGAUAGCCAACUUCGCGGUGAGCUUGAUGUAGAACACUCCAGGGCCUAUGAAUCUUCGCAAUGGUCACUGUAAUGCACUUGUUUGCUGUCAGGUUUGUAACAUGUUUCACAAAUAUUGGAACUCAGGAAAUAUGAAGUGAACUAGGGCAUGCUUGGUUAUUUGCUAGAUUGAUACUAUUGCUUGUUUUGGUUUGUUUAAACUUAUAGGUAAGGUUGGUUAGCCUUGCUUUACUCGCGAACUUUCGAUCAUUUUUGGUGGAGAACAACCACUUUGUGGCA